AUGCCGACCUCUAUCGUGGCCAUGGAAGACAGUCUCGCGUUUGCCUCCCACUUCGGUCCUGACUCGUUCGAGUCUACCAGCCUCUUGGAGCUUCACACGGCGUGGAUGGACAAUGAAGAGCUCAAUCAGCUGCCUCUCUAUAUGGACGUUGAAGCUGAUGAUCCAAUGCCAAAAGCUCCAUCCCUUAGCACAUGUAGCCCCCAUACUGCUGCUGUCGAAAAGCCUUCGGAACAGUCCCUGGUACUUGAGUCUGGAUUGACGAUGGAGCUGGAUGACCUCGAUACUCAAUUACUGGACGCAGCUCUGGAGCUCUCGUUUGAUACAGAGUUAUCACCAAUUCUAGAGCCUUUUGCAGCUACAUCAGCAGCCACGAGCUUGCUCAAGAAGCCUCGCAGACGCUCGAAAAACGCUCACGCUUUGUGCCAAACGACCAGCUCUAGUGUAAAACAAAAUGCAAUGGACGCAGCAACACAACAGGUCAGCAAGCUCGAAUCGAGCAAGACACGAAAAGAGACAGCUGUGACGACAGCUCGUCCUAGGACAAGGAGCUCGUCGUGGCAGCAGCACGAGCAGAAUACGUUUUUCGCCUUGUUCAAACUCAAGUGGCCGCCGACACGUCAGGGUGAACGAGCGCCUUCUUUCAGCUCGUUGCUGCUGCAGCGCUUUGACGCCAUUAGCACCAAGAUUCGCACCAAGAAUGUGAUGGAGGUGCGACAGUUUUACACAACCGUGAUGCAGAAUAUUGCGACGAUGCUGCGCAGCGUGGACAACGACGUUGAUCUGACAAACCCAGACCAAGUGCGCAUUGCUCUAUGGUGCUGGAGCAAGCUAAUCGCUGACAAGAAAUACUGCGACGAGUUUCUUGCCUUUGAUUCCGCGACUGUAUUGGUGCAGACCAACUUGGCGAAUGUGCUGCUUCAGUCCAUCAUUCGUAGCCGUCGUCAAAUGCUCAAGGCCAAGUCGGAGAAAUCGACUCUGACCAGCGAUGCGCCAGCGCCUGGCCAGCAGCCUUCCAUCUCGGCGUGGGUUUCUAGGUCAAACCUUAGCUCCUAUGCCGCUGGAGCAGAUGACACGGCUCCACCGUCCUCUUCAGUGCAGAUUCAUUAUCCCAUGGUGCGAAAGAAGCACUCUGCGUCGCUGGAUCAGGUGGCUUCAUUGGCUUGUGCUAGUUCUGCCUCGAUCCCUCAGAAUGGUCAAGAGGUGCGGUCUUUACCAACCAUGCGACAGGCCAGCAGCGAAUCAGCAGGUGGAUCGACAUUGAAACGCAAGCGCAGUGUGUCCAUGACUUGUUCACCUGUCAUUAGAAAGCGCCGGGAUGUAGUAAAGGCUACUGCUUUUACUAGCCCGUCUCCUGUCGAUAAGCGGUCUAGGUCGCGCAUGCAGAGUGAAGUGGCCUUCCAUACACCUCGACAGUUGUCGCAGAAGAAGAUGUACAUGAAGAUGCGAAUGGUUCCCCAGGACAAGCGAACGAAGGCCCAUGUGGUACGCGGUGGCUACCGGCCAAAGGUAGAGCUCAAAUUGUCAUCGACCAAGAGGAUAUCAGAGAUUACAGCACAUAUGAGCAAGAAGUGGGCUAAAGUGCGUCCGUGGUUACCGAAAGAAGCCGUUCUGUGCUUCUUUGAGAAGAAGGGCGUGGGCAAGUGGUCGAAAGAAGACCCAGACGUGACUUGUUUCGAUAUCUGGAAGCGUUCUGGCAAGCGGACAAAUGAUGAAAACGUGGUCGACGUGUCUUACGUGUGGAUGGUGCCUGAGACUGAUGUUGGUGAAGACGGAUACACCCCUGUUCACGAGCUGGUGACUUUGGAGGCACCGCCAGAACUUUUCGAGGUGGCAGUAUCUGCCACUAGCAACCAAGGAGUGAGUAGCAGCGACGAAAGCGAUAUCGUCCACUUCUACUCUACAUGCGGCCUACCAGAGUUUGGUGACGAAGUUCACCAAAUUGCCGCAGAAGGCGAGGAGGAAGCAUUGAAUCCUGGAGCAUUGGCAAAAGACAGCUGUGACAAAGACCGAAGCAAGAAGUUGAUGUCGACAUCGGGCCGUUCGCGGCGGCGUAUUAAGCCAGUGCUCGUAUCUAAAGAAGAGUUUGAUAUCUAA